AGAGAUGGAGACGGAGACGAGACGGAGACGAGACUAGACGGAUGAUUCUGAAGAACCAGGUCAAAGUCUGGACCAUAAAAACUGAUGAACAAAAUCUUUUUGACGUAGAGACAGUGGAGGUCCAGUAAAGAAUCUGAAAGUAGCAGAACCAUCAGAACCAUCAGAACCAUCAGAACCAUCAGAACCAUCAGAACCAUCAGAACCAUCAGAACCUUGUUAUUCUCUCUCAUUGAAAUGAACUUUAACAUUUGGUCAGGAUGAAAUAUGAGAAAAUCGUCCGUCUGAAUGCUGAGCAAUAAAAUCAUUUAUUUCUAUUAUCAAUAGCAAUAAAUGAUCUGGAACCAAAAUCGGAUCAAACAGGAAGACAGGAAGUGUCUCCGUCUUCUGUUGUGUCCAAAAACAGAGACAUCAUCACUAAGACAUGAUGCUGAUCAGAGGGACAAGGACAAGACAGCAAAGGAGCCGAGACGGGAGACAAAGACAGAACCGGGUCCAGAAAAGGCUCCGAAGACCAGGAGAUCCAGAAACCUGGAGCCAAACCUGCAGGUGGAGCUUCAGGUGGAACUUAGGGUGGAGCUUCAGGUGGAGCUUCAGGUGGAACUUCAGGUGGAACUUAGGGUGGAGCUUCAGGUGGAGCUUCAGGUGGAACUUCAGGUGGAACUUAGGGUGGAGCUUCAGGUGGAACUUCAGGUGGAACUUCAGGUGGAGCUUCGGGUGGAACUUAGGGUGGAGCUUCGGGUGGAUCUUAGGGUGGAGCUUUGGGUGGAACUCAGGGUGGAACUCAGGGUGGAGCUUUGGGUGGAGCUUUGGGUGGAUCUUAGGGUGGAGCUUCAGGUGGAACUUCGGGUGGAACUUCAGGUGGAGCUUAGGGUGGAGCUUAGGGUGGAACUCAGGGUGGAGCUUUGGGUGGAGCUUUGGGUGGAUCUUAGGGUGGAGCUUCAGGUGGAACUUCGGGUGGAACUCAGGGUGGAUCUUAGGGUGGAGCUUCAGGUGGAACUUCAGGUGGAGCUUCAGGUGGAGCUUAGGAAGCAGCUCAGAGUGAUUCUGAGGAAUCGUGUUUGGCUGGGGGGCAGUGGGGAGCACCAGGGGGUGUGGGGCAGCAGGGGGCUGUGGGGGGCACACGAUGCCCCCCACGCACUCCAGCGCCCCUCUGUGGUGAAAAGCAGCCACUGUUCCCAGCUCCCCUCAGAGUUUAACACCUUGUAG